GGGGGAACGAUGGCUUGGAUUUAUGCCACUCAAUCUAUCUCGGGCUGAGAAGAGCGAAGCGUAGUUGAGGAAACCUGGUCGAUCCGAGAGCUCUUCUCACCAAAGGAGCUUCGCGGCAGCCAGGCCCUAAAGGGUGGUGGUGUGACUGCUCCUCCGGUUUCUUCUUCGUUUUCGCUGUCCAUGUCAACGAACAGAAGCUUUAAGAAGUCUAGUAACGGGCAAGGAGGGCAGUAUAGGGUGGGGUCCACAAGCCCGGAUUCUGAAUCAAGCAUUGCUAUGGCUGCUUCAGUCGCCGUGCAGAAUGGUGCGCAUGUUCAAUCCCAAUUGCACGAAGCCCAAGAACCAAACACACCCAAAGAUGCAACUUCCAUUAUGCAAAAGAUGCCCUCCAUACUCAGACACUGGCAAUGGUGGUUUUUGGUGAUCCUCAACAUCUUCUUCCUUCUCUCUGGCCAAUCUGUAGCCACUCUACUUGGAAGAUUCUACUAUGACAAAGGCGGAAAUAGCAAAUGGAUGGCGACGCUUGUACAAACUGCAGCAUUUCCGUUCCUCCUCAUCCCUCUCUUCCUCUUCCCUUCCUCACCUUCUCCUUCCACCACCACUCCCCCACCUUCUGUCAAAAUGCUCGCAUUUAUCUACAUUUCCCUUGGCCUUCUCAUUGCGGGUGACAACAUGAUGUAUUCAUAUGGGCUCUUAUAUCUCCCAGUCUCUACAUACUCUCUCAUUUGUGCGACCCAGCUGGCCUUCAAUGCCGUCUUCUCAUACUUCCUCAAUUCUCAGAAGUUCACCCCGUUCAUACUCAAUUCUGUCAUCCUUCUCACCUUCUCUGCUGCCCUGCUUGGGGUCCGUGCAGAUUCUGAGGGCCCCAACCGUGUGUCUGCAGGGAAGUAUGCAGUUGGGUUCCUUUGCACGCUGGGCGCGUCUGCCACAUACUCCUUAAUACUCUCUUUGAUGCAGCUUUCAUUCCAGAAGGUCCUUAAGAAGGAGACCUUCUCUGUGGUCUUGGAGAUGCAAAUGUACACAUCAGUCGUCGCCACAUGUGUGUGCGUGAUUGGCCUCUUCGCCAGCGGGGAGUGGAGGAGCCUCAAGGGAGAGAUGCAUGGGUUUGAGAAGGGGAAAACGUCGUAUGUUAUGACACUGGCUUGGACGGCUGUGGGAUGGCAGGUCUGCUCUGUGGGUGUUGUGGGGUUGAUCUUUGUUGUGUCAUCUCUCUUCUCAAAUGUCAUUAGCACCUUUUCGUUGCCCGUCGUUCCUAUCUUUGCCGUGAUCUUCUUCCAUGACAAGAUGGAUGGGGUGAAGAUAUUGGCCAUGCUGUUGGCUGUUUGGGGCUUUAUUUCGUAUAUAUAUCAGCAUUAUCUUGAUGAUUGCGAGUCCAAGACAGCAACUGAUGUUGGUGAAGUUUCUUACUCUGCUGCUUGAGAGGUUGCUACACUAAUUUUUCUUUUUCUUUUUAAAUGUAGUCAAAAUGGUGUCUGAGAAUUUGUUUGGUGCUUUGGAUUUCCAUUAGAAAGAAUGACGUGCAUGCAUAAAGUUUGGAGGAAUCUCCUACCUUUUCUUGUAGAAAUUGCUAACUCUCUAUGUAUGUACUUGGUUUCCAAUCAAUUUGAUAUGGGUGUGUUUGGAUA